UUUCGCAUCUCUCCUCAUGCGUUAGCAUGCUUUUGAUUUGAUUCGGUGUUAUUUGUUUUGAGAUUGUUUCUUUGUUUUCUCUUGCUCGGUUAUAGUUGGUUUUUGGAAGUAAUGUUUAGUGUUCCAUUGUAAUCGGGUAAUCAUGUACGAUCCAUUGUUCUUAUCUGCUACUGCGGAUUGCACUUGUUGUUUCUGAGGUAUGAACGUUUUUUAAGAGAAACCUCAUAAUUAUAAAGUAGUCAGCACUCACUAAUCUGAUUCAUAAAAUAAGAUGGUUCAUAGUUUUCUUUUAAUGUACUGUGUGCGGUAUCACCGUGUCAAGCAGUAGAUGGAGGAACUCUCAUGUCCGUUGAAGAUGGUUCCUUGAAAGUUCUUAAGUUCUUUAUUUUCCCAAUGACAAUGAUGUGCUGUAUUAGUAGUAAUUUCGGAGCUUUAUGUUGGUCAAAGAUGCUUUGGUAUUGGCUCACUUUUUGGAAUUAUAAGAUGGGUCCUUAAAUGUUAAUUUCCAGUGAAUUAAUUCCUUUAGGAAAAGUUGUCGCCAAGUUGCUGAAUAUCUUAUCUCUAGUGAUCGCCAAGUUCUUCAAGUAAUCCAAAGCGCGUCUUUGGAAACAAUCUUUUGUGAUGGUUAUGGUGAUAUUAUUGGUCACUGAAUUUUAUGAUCCGCACAUAGUUAAGUAGCCAAUCAUGCUCUAGCUUUGGACAUCUCUAUCUUAGGUCAAAAGUUCUGACCAUGAUUUCCACUUGUCGUCUUGGAUAUGCACAGAAACCUGAGUGCAAGCAGCAUCACUCAAUAGGCAGAGGCUUAUUGUCAUUAGUUUUUUUUUAUAAAGGAAGUUUUAUUGAUUCUUAUUGUUACAUCAAAAUGAUACAAGAAAAUAAUAUUACACUUUUAGUUUCUGCAUAACUCGGAUGCACACAAUCCAAAAUAGGAAAAGAAAAAAGGCUAAUAGCAAAGGAAAAAACAAAAUAGUCGGCACACGGUCUAAAAAGGAGCAUCAAUUUAAAGCCUAGACUGCUAUCCAAAGCAGGUAAAAAUCUUUUUGACCGUCCGCUCCAAAAGAGUACAUGCCAACACCAUCAUAUGUUGGUGCUCCUGCCGCUGCAACACCGCCCAUGUAUGGAGUAACCGGGUACAUGUAAAAAUAGCAUGUAAAUGAGAAUUAAUUUUGGUAGGAUAAUUAUUUCCCCGAAGUUCAAUCUAUGUAGCGGUAGAUCUCUAGAGUGUAGCUCGUGGAACAAUGUCAUCAAGUAAUCCUUGAUAACGUCCCAAAAGGUCUGAUAAACUCCGCUGGGAAGCCAUCGGGCCCAAGGACUUUAUUGUGUUCCAUUUGGAACAUGGCAUCUCGUAUCUCCUUUUUUGUGAAGGGGGGUUGUAAGAAUUUAUUACUUUGGCAUUCGUUAUCUGUGAUAUGUCUUCGAUUCAUGAUUCACUCAUAGCGAAGUUAUUCAUCACAUGUGGACCAAAUAUAUCUUUGUAGUAUUUUGUUACGUAAGUCUUUAAUUGAGUUUCACCCUCUAUUUUCCUUCAUCCUGCUCUAGGUAAAAUACACGCUGUUUUUUAUGUUUGCCAUUUGCUAUCAUCUAGAAAUAGCGUGUGUUAUUAUCCCUAUAGAGGAUUUGUUUGACUUUGGCUGGUUGGUAAUAUUUUGUUUCCUCUUCACGAAGGAGUUUGACUAGCUUUUUAUUGCCUUGGUUCUUUUGGUGGAUCUCGGAUUCAUUUAGAUCCCGUGAUUUUGAUGUUUUGUUUGUCCACUUUUGGAUUGAUGUGUGGCGUUUAGCUGGUCGGUUCCAUAUCUCCUUCACCCGGUCAGCAAACCCUUCACAAGCUAGCCAUUCAAGUUCUAGCUUAAAGGGUCUAUGACCACCUUGAUGGACCGAGCCUCCGGUAUCAAGAAAAAUAGGGGAUGCAUCAGCAUGGAAGAGCUGGCUGCAGUGACUCGCUCCCUCGACCUUGAUCCGAGCGAUCAGGAGCUCAACGACAUGAUGAGUGAGGUCGAUACGGAUGGCAAUGGGAUCAUAGAUUUCCAGGAGUUCUUGAGCCUCAUCGCCAGGAAGAUGAAGGAUGGAGAUGGCGAUGAAGAAGAGCUCAAGGAAGCCUUUGAGGUCCUAGACAAGGACAAGAAUGGUUUUAUCUCCCCUACUGAGCUGAGGAUGGUGAUGACCAAUCUUGGGGAGCAGAUGACCGAUGAGGAGGUCGAGCAGAUGAUCAAGGAAGCGGAUACCGAUGGCGACGGGCAGGUGAACUACGAUGAGUUUGUGCUUAUGAUGAAAAAUGCUGAACGGAAGAUAUCUGGGUGAAGGGAUCUUAUAUGUGUGAAACCAUUAGUUCUCAGAUUGGAUGCUUCUGCUGUAAAAAAAAAAUAAAAAUCACCUAUUAUAUCUCCAGUAUUAUGAUUGUACGUCAAAUGUGAUAUUUUGUUGUAAGUACCACGUAAUUUGUAGUUUGUAAGGUUGUGAUAGUGUUUUUUAUAAUAGGUUGUGAUAUUGAUUUUUUUUUCCAUUGUUAGGUUGUGAUUUGUUUCCGAACUGUAUUAGCUAUGUAAUACUUAUUAGAAUUGCCACAAAUAUUUAGAAGUUCAUGUAUCCA